UCCGGAUCCACACCACCUGCAGCCUUGGCAACCAGCCCCGCCCUCCUAGGGCCAGACAGGGCAGCCAGAGCCCUGGGGAGAGGGACCAGGCCCCAGCUGGCCUCGGUGCUGCAGGGACGUGGAGCCUGCCGGCUCCCUUCUUUCACAAGAUGAUCUUUUUACCUUUCCCCAUUGUACCAAACAAGCAGCCGGGAACAGGUGGACACUCAGUGGCCUUUGACAUGGCGGGUACAAGAGGACAGAGAACCAGAGGAAGAAGAGAGCACAGGCAGAGGAAGGAGGUCAGGAGUUUGACCAGGGUCCACUCCCUUCCCUGCGCAACUGGUUCCAUGUGGCCAGCCUCACGCUACACUCUUCACCUGUAAAAAUAACCUCUGCAAGGAAGUGGUUGCUACCUCAGGGUCCCCUUGUGCCGUCACUGGGAAGGAGGUAUUUGGGGAAGGAUCAGUGCUUCGGCUCCUUCCCAGGGGCUGCUCUGCCCUGGGAAGGAAGCACUGGGAAGGCUGGCGACGUGGCUCCCCUGGUCUCCAGAGAUUGGGUGUCACAGGUGGCCAGGGUCAUCUCUAAGAUGCACAUGGAAGUCUAGACAUUUCCAUGACCCAGAGAGUGGGGGAGGAUGCGCAAGAGGACUCAGCUGGAUUGCUGCCUUCUCGUCCCAGCCCUGCCUCUUCCUCGAUUGUGUGACCUCUCUCAUCUGUGAAUUGGGGGUGGUACCCGCAGUCACUCUGUGUGGUGGCGAUCAUUUAACAAGUCAACGUCCCCGCGCUCCCAGAACCAUGUCAGGAGCAGGAGCCCCUCCUGUGCCUUGGCCCCAUGGAGCCCCUGAGGAGAUCCCUCUCGCCCUGCUCGUCACGACCCUCCAGCCCCAGGAGCCCGCCCUGUGAGACCUCGGUUUCUGUGGGCAUCGAGGCAGUGCUGGACCAACUGAAGAUCAAGGCCAUGAAGAUGGGGUUCGAGUUCAACAUCAUGGUGGUGGGGCAGAGCGGGCUGGGCAAGUCCACCAUGGUGAACACCCUGUUCAAGUCCAAAGUGUGGCAGUCGAGCCUUCAGGGCCUGGCCACGCCCACGCCCCAGACGCUGCAGCUGCACUCGGUGACCCACGUCAUCGAGGAGAAGGGCGUGAAGCUGAAGCUGACCGUGACGGACACGCCUGGCUUUGGGGACCAGAUCAACAACGACAAGUGCUGGGACCCCAUCCUGGGCUACAUCAACGAGCAGUACGAACGGUACCUGCAGGAGGAGAUUCUCAUCACCCGCCAGCGCCACAUCCCCGACACCCGGGUGCACUGCUGCGUGUACUUCGUGCCGCCCACUGGGCACUGCCUGCGGCCCCUGGACAUUGAGUUCCUGCAGCGACUGUGCCGGACUGUGAAUGUGGUGCCUGUGAUCGCCCGGGCUGACAGCCUGACCAUUGAGGAGCGAGAGGCCUUCAGGAGCAGGGUGAUCGGGUGCUCAAGGCGGGGCUGGGGCCAGUGUGGCAGAGUGCAGAGUGGGCAGGGUGGGCAGAGGUUGCCUCUGUCUGGUUUGCAGAUCCAGGAAGAUCUGAGAAAUCACUGCAUUGAUGUAUACCCGCAGAAAUGCUUCGACGAGGACAUCAAUGACAGGAUCCUCAACAGCAAGAUUCGGGAGCGGAUCCCCUUCGCCGUGGUGGGGGCCGAUCGCGAGCACCUGGUAAACGGGAGGUGCGUGCUGGGCCGGAAGACCAAGUGGGGCAUCGUGGAAGUGGAGAAUAUGGCGCACUGUGAGUUUCCUCUCCUGAGAGACCUGCUAAUCCGCUCCCACCUCCAAGACCUGAAGGACAUCACCCACAACGUCCACUACGAGAACUACCGUGUGGUCAGACUCAACGAGAGCCACCUGCUGCCUCGCGGGCCGGGCUGGGUGAACCUGGCCCCGGCCUCCACCCAACAGCUGACCACCCCUGUACCCUUGAAGGUCCGCAGGCGGGUCCAAGAGGAUCCCAAGGAUGAGUUCUAAACCUCCCGAGUUCUCACACCCAGCCCCCAACAUAUACCUUGGCACUAGAGCAUCUAUUAAA